GCAAAUAUUUAUCAACAAUUUAUUCACAGAUAAAACUAUUGGUGGCCUUUGAUAAGCGUGAUAUUUGUGGAUUUCGUGCCGCCUUAAGUGCUGGAGAAUGUGCACUGAAAUAUGAUGAUGAGAAUUUAUGUAUCUUUGAAAGGGCUUUAAAAACACCUGGUUGUUCGGAAUUUGUAAAAGCAUGUGUGGAUGCAGGUUGUAAUCCUAAUAAUUUCAAUGAAUUCUUUAAUAAACCGGUCAUACAUUUUGCAGUCGACUCGAAAGAUCCUCAAAAUUUGAAAGAGCUACUAUGCUCCGGAUAUGUCGAAGUCAAUCAAACAUAUUUAGACUUGACUCCUCUUAACAGAUUGUGUAAAAACAUUAACAAUGAAAAUUACAUCGAUGUUAUAGAAUGCAUAAAAAUUUUACUGCGCUAUGGGGCAUCCCCUAACAUAUCCCAUCAAGGAAAGGUAACGCCAUUGCAAUAUGUGAUACAAAAUCAACAAAUCAAUGAUGUGCAAAAAAAUGAAAUCAUACACAUAUUUGUUUCUCUAAGCAAGGUUGGUAUCGAUUUCAAUAAGGAACCUGAAUUAAGACGUGUAUUAGAUGAAAAAUAUUCUGCAAUGGAAUCAGUGAACCAGAAUGCGGAUCAUUUAGAAAUAUACGAUUCCCUAUAUUAUUGCCUUUUAGAUGAACAUAUUGAACGUUUUGUUCAAUGGUACGGUAUAUAUGUAGAUAGUCUCAUUAAUGAUGAAAAGGUACAAUUGUUAGUGGUAUCCAUAAUGAACGGUGCCCAUACAGCUUUCGAUUUUAUGUUGGCCAGUGGUCUGGAUUAUAAUAGAACCAAAAGUUGGGUUAAUACUCCCAUAAAACAAGCAUUAAAUAAUGGCAAUUGGUAUUGCCUGGAAAAGCUUUUACAACAACCCCUUAUUGAAAUACAUCCUAAAGAUCGGCCCUUAAUAGACACUAUACGCAGAUUAAAUAAUGUUAACAAUGAUAUCAUGAAUGAAUACAACAACUAUUGGAAAUGUUUCGAUAUAUUAUUGGAAUCAGAAAAAGUAGAUAUUAAUGCCAUUGACAUAAAUAACUUCACUGCUCUCCAUUAUGCCGUAAAGUUUUGCAAUAAUAAGGCAGUAAAAAAACUUUUAAAGAGAGGAGCUUGCAUUUGCCUUGGAAACAACUACCACGAAGUGCCUUUAAAUGGCAUGAGGGCCUCAGUAUUAGAAGAACAUUUAGAUAACUGUAUAUCAUCCACCAAUCAUGAGUUCGAUGACAGAAACUAUGAAAUAAUAAUAGAUUAUAAGAAUUUUGUGACUUCUCAACAAGACAAUGUGACACAGAUGGAUAAUUUUUUGUUAUCCAUAAAAUUUUUGGCUAAAUCCAGAGAACAUCAGUAUUUAUUGAAUCAUCCGGUAAUAAGUACCCUCUUUUAUCUUAAAUGGUGGAGAUUCUCAAUAUUAUUUUUAUUGAAUUGUAUGUUGUACAUCACGUUUACUACCGCAAUGGUUACUUACAUUGUUAUGAAAUUCUGUGAUAUUGAUAAUGAUUUUGUCAAAGAAUUAGCUUCUGGUUAUUCUAAAAUUUCUCUUGUAGUGUUGAUCGUAAGAGAAUGUAUACAAUUCAUAACAUAUCCCCGGAUAUAUUUAAAAACUGUUUCCAAUUAUUUGGAAAUAUUUCUGAUAAUACUCUCCACGCUGACCUUAGGUUAUUUUAAUCAGGUCAUGGACUUAACGUUCCAACGCAAUAUGGCGGUGGUUUGUCUUCUAGUCUUGGCUUGUGGUUUGUUUUUGUUGGUCGGUUCUUACCCAUUCUCUUUCAUUUCCACACAUUUGCUAAUGUUCAAGGCUGUUUUUAAAACAUUCGUCAAGAGUUUUUUGUUGUACUCUUUUUUUAUAUUCACAUUUACUUUGUGUUUCUACAUCCAAUAUGCUAAUAAGCCUUCCAUAACUAAGAAGGAGGAGGAUGAGGAGAAGGAUGACUUCAAUAGAUUCUCCAUUCCGAUGGUGGCCUUUACUAAAACCAUUGUGAUGUUGACUGGAGAAUUCGAUGCUAGUAGUUUAGAUCUAGAAUCUUCUUAUAAAUAUUGGUUGUUUCUCGCCUUUGUAUUGUUCGCAGUUGUUUUGUUCAAUCUACUCAAUGGCCUGGCGGUAAGUGACACACAGGCAAUAAGAGAUCAAGCCGAAUUUAAUGAUAUCCUCUGUCGUAUUGAUGCUUUAUCUCGUUCUGGAAUAUAUAAUUGCAAAUUUAAGUGGUUUAAUAAAGCAAUUUCAUUUUUUACCAACUAUUUUUCAUCAGACUUCACUAUCCGUGGUAAAGUCUCUAUUUUUCCCAAUAAAGGGAAUACAGUAUUUUAUCCUAAAGUCAAGACAAAAUUGCAUGCAGCGACUAUAGAGAAUAUUGGAAAUGAUAAAGAUACUAUUGUGCCUCUAACAGAUAGCUAUGAAUAUGUAAGCGACAAUGACCAUGUUUUUUGUAAGAAUAAAGUGCAACAGGUCAUUGAUAAGCGUACGGUCAUUCAAGCCAUGUCAAUUUUGGAAAAGAAAUCUACUCAGAGCAUAGAAUGUCGGAUUGAUGAUUUAGAAGAAAAACUAAAUACACUUAUAGAAACCUCAAACCAAAUAGUAAAGAAUAUCGGUUUAAUGUUGUCAAAUAAAUCUUGAUUCUAAGAAUGUGCUUGUCAUAGAAUAAAUACAUAGAACGGAAGGAGAGAGAAAUAUCCGAAUGAACAAUUUUUUUUUUAAAUAUUUAAAUUAAACCCAUAAUUUAUAGUGUUAAAUAAAGAUGUUACAUCACUGAAAACUGCAUUAGGAAGCUAAA